UUAAUCUCAAGACACUCACCCACCUAUAUUCAAAUUACAAAUUUAGCCCUUUGAACUCCACUACGAAGUACAAAUAUGCACUAAAAUGAAUACAUUGCGUGAUAGUCUAGCAAGCAUACCAGGGGCUGUACAAAAUUUGGCUUCCGUGGCUUCCAACUAUUACACUUAUGUGGGAGGAAGGGUUCAAGGUCAAAGUGGUGAUUCUUUGUCUGCGGAGGAUCGCCAGAGUGUAGCAUCAUCCCCCACAACGACGGAAUCGCUGCAUAGUUUUAACGAAACUGACUCUGUCUCUGGAGCAGUGCUGAUAAGCGAGAAAUCUUUACCCAUACCAGCGUCGUUGGUUAAAGAACAAUGGAGAUUAAUAUUUAACUCUGAUGCCAGUGUCCAGGAUUUGCAGGAAGCCAUAAACCAUUGCAAAGAUUUGGUAUUGAUAUCUGAGGAGAAUAGCGAGGAACGAAGAUGGUUGGUAAGGCAUUUGGUGGAUUUAAGGUACUCAUUGGAAGAAAUGCAGGAGGCGGAAAGAGAUCAUUUGGAAGUGGGACCAUCGGGAAAAACAGUAGUGGGUCAUCAUUUUAUAGCCCGUCAAACGGGUGUGGGCAAGGUUUUACAUAUACCCAAACAUCGGCAUUACUGUGAUCAUUGCACUCGUAUCAUAUGGAGUGUGGUUCAGACUUCGUAUAUAUGUAUGGAUUGUCAUUAUAUGGUGCAUCAAAAAUGUGUGGAUAGAGUUGCACGAGUUUGUGCUCAUGUCAUAGCUUCCGAACGGCAAUAUCCCAUUUUGGAAAUAUGUCCAGAAAUUGGAUUGGCUGCCCAACGUUACAAAUGCAUGGAAUGUGGAACUUUACUUAAUUUUCCCUUAAACUUCAACAUACAAUGUUUUGGAAGAUUAUCCAAAUCUGAAAAUUCAUGGAUUGAACCUCGCCUGUGUGAUUAUACAGGCCUAUAUUUUUGUCCAUCGUGCCAUUGGAAUGAUCAAAGUGUCAUACCUGGACGUGUUGUCCACAAUUGGGAUUUUGCGCCAAGAAAAGUUUCACGUUCGGCAUUACAAGAAAUUCAACUAUUUCUUGAUAAACCACUAAUACGACUUGAAGAAGCCAAUCCAAAGUUAUUUGUUUUCCUUGAAAAGUUGGCAACCUUGAAGAAACUGCGUCAGAAUUUAGUGUAUAUGCGUAAAUAUUUAUCAGAAUGUCGUCAGGCAUUGGAGGAAAAAUUGUUGGAAAUUCAUAUAGGUUCUCGCCGCUAUCUCAUUCAAUCGAAUGAAUUGUACUCGAUCAAUGAUUUGGAACAAACAGAAAAUGGCACAUUGGCAGAAUAUCUCCACAAGGUAUUCAACUGUUUUGACAAACAUAUACGUGCCUGUUCUAUGUGCAUGGCUAAGGCUUACAUCUGUGAGAUAUGCAGCAACGACGAAGUGAUAUUUCCAUUCGAUGAUGGCUGCAUUAUAUGCCAACAUUGUAAUUCCAUAUAUCAUCGUGUUUGUAUGACGCGUAAAAAUAUGAUUUGUCCGAAAUGUGUUCGCAUUCAGGAGAGAAGGCAGAAAUUUGAAAGUAGUGAAGAGCAGGAGGAUAAGUCGGAAAAUUCUAACGAGAAUGAUGACCAAAUGUAAUUCUCAAGCUGAUCAUAUGGCUAUUACAAGUAUAUGUAGUUGUAUAAUAAUUUUAUGUUUCAAUUUAUGUAAACUUUUUUAAUUUGGUGACUUUAAUUUUAAGUUUCAAUGUGCAUUAUACUAAUUAACUUUAUACAGUGUUAAGAUUUUACGUCUUAUAUUAUGUAUAUGCUACAAUAAAUUUUAUUACUUGGACUUUAAAUGAAUAAAAACAAGUAAAAAGGCCGGGCCGAACUUAAUGCCCACCACCCACCACCAUGGAUAAAUUAA